GCAAACGUCGACGGCGCCGCCACUGCUGCCUCGGAGAAUUUGUGGGCGCUCGUGGAGAACUGGAACAGGCUUGAGACGCACCACGCACCGCUCGCAUACGUUGAACGCUGUAGACCUCCAAGAACAACCCCACCAGUUCGUAUCGUACCUGCACGAACGUGCUGUCGUAGUCAUGUCUGCACACUCUCCUGAGCACAAAGUGGCCACUAGCCGCAGCAUACCGACGCGACGGAUUGUCAUCAACGAUGCAAGUCAGUUGCCCCACGACUACAGCUCGACGCCCGGGGGUACCAUAUUCUCCACUACGCCUGGAGGCUCACGCAUCAUCUAUGACCGGAGCUUCCUGAUGCAAAUGCGCCACUCUCCAGUGGCUCGAACGCCACCGAAGAACCUGCCUGUGAUCCCUGGGGUGACCCUGUCCAGCAGCCCUGAUGUCUGCAAGCCCAGUGGGUCCCCCAUGAAACCCACGGAGAAUGGUGCUCUGCCAUCUCCAGCCAAAGGUGCCAAGCCUGGCUCGGGUGACGAGCCACAGUUUGCAAUGGACAUCUAGUCCGACCAACAAGUGCCAAGCUAUUUCUUCGAUGCGCCUCAGCCAAGUGCCCCGCCUCUUUGUAUUUUUCAUGUUUCUUCGGUUCGGACUGUCGUCCAUGUCAACUAGCGGCAGGAUUUCCUUGCUGUGUCAUUUGUUUCUUUGGUGGGCAUGACCAGCAAGUGGGCGCACAAUUUCUUAAAUUUUGUUUCUUUGGUGUGUGAAAACAUGGCGCCCAGUUAAGUCCUAAUGGGCUAGCAACCAUGUAAAACCUUGUUUUCUUUUUAAAUUAAGUUACUUUUUCUUGUAUUUUUGCCUGCAAAGAAAGCAGCAGCAAUAGCAUGCACUCAGUGAGUGUUAUUUUUUUUUUUUUUUUUCAAUCCUUAUUGUUCUCUCUUGCCAACGAAAGAAACGCCUGCAGUUGUAGCCUGUGGAACAUUGCCUUCUUUUGUUUCCUGUCAAGCUAGAUUACUCAGCAUAUUAUGUUUUAUCUUUUUAAAUCGGUUCUUACUGUGGCACCCCAGGCACUGAUCUUUUUCUUAAGUUGGGCUGGAGGCUCAGCAAAAACAAAACAAAAAAUAAAACAAAGUAGAGGGGGGAGUUGCAGGUGAGUGGCUCAAUUUAGCUGUGACUCGAGCCUUCCAGUGCUUAAGAUUGAAGUGCACAUGGUUGACUUUGGCUUUGGAUUGCUCACAGCCUUGAAAAGUUUGUAGAGGAGUGUGAAGGAACUUUGUGAUUUUAUUUUUCAUUUUCACUUAAUAAGUUGUGCCAUAUGAGCACAUUCAUAAUUUUUUUUGCUGAAAGCUUAGUGUUGUGGAUUAGUUUGCUGCCAAAGGUGGAAACAUUAGGCUCUCUUUGAUUUGUGGGUCACUGUCUGUACUUUGUGUGUGCGAAGACCAGUUGUACUAGUUAAACGAUGGUCUUCAGGAAUUCCAAUGCAGCUUCCUAUAUUAUUUUCUGAUGUGGGUGUAUUAUGUAUUGACUGAUCUGGUCGGUCUAAUUACAAUACUAACACUCGACAAGCCGUAGAGGUGUCUGCAUGUAAUUGCCAUUGUAGCUGGGUGCUCGUUUUGUUUCUAGCUGCCACUGCAAAAGCUUGCAGGCAAUAGGCAUGUGCUUUCAUUUUUCAACUUAAUAAUGUGCUUUUUGGCAAAUGAUGUAUUGAAAAACCUGGGUCGAGCACAUUAAGAUAAGCUGCAGUGGUGAUACAGCUUUUCUUAGAAAUAUUUUCCAGUUUCCUUUCUUUAUUAUCUUUUAAAUGCACCAAACAAAGUUAAAGGUGCAAAACUGUUUAUUUCUUUAUUUGAAACUUUUUUUUGUCAGUAUGGUGGAAAUUUAACCGUGACACAAGUGCUUGUGUCAUCUCAGAUUUUAUGUAAUGUUCUUUCCUAAAUGAUAUGGCUUCAUUAGCUUGACAUUGAGUAGUGCCACAUGGCACAGUGCACCAGAAAGGUGGGAAGAAAUGUCAAUGGCAGGGUUGUGCAGAGCUUGGUUUCUUGUUGGCCAUUUCUUCUUGUUUCUUUGUAUUGUUCAGAUGUGCUUUUGGAAUGAAAUUCUUUGAGACAUGUUUUCCAAAAGUUUGUUGGCUAAAUAAAAAAUACAAAAGCUCA